AUGGCUGAAAAACGAUUAUUUACACGAAUAUUCAUUGGCUCUACAGUACGUGAAUUGAGAGUAAAGAAACAGUUGUUGAAGGAUAGUUUGAAUUUAGUAGGAACAAUGAGAUCGAGUUUAAAGCGAAAUAAAGGUAAGACAGAUUUGCAAAACAAAAUUAAGAAUUUCUUUAAGCGAGAUGAUGUAUCGAGAACCACAGCAGAAGAUAUCGAAAAUAUUUCAAAAGAGCUUCCAAGAAACAUUACAAGAUUACAAGGUACUUUCCACGUGCACCAGUUCACUUCCACAUACGGUGAAUUAAUGCAUCGUACGUUGAGUUGUUUUUGCGAACGGGGAUUUUGCAAGUGUUUAGAACUUAAAAUUUACCAUCCUGUUCCUCUGGUAUCAACAACAACUGCUGAUGCAUCAGUCGACAAUGAUACUGCGAUGGUGAUUCCUUCAUCUCCUACGGAUUCAGCAUAUGCUAUUGGUGCAUGUGGUGAUAAUAAUAUAGUUAACACUCUUUCAUCUUCUAUGUCUUCUGACGAUGAUGUACCUCUUAACAGAAUCAAAUCAAGGUGUUCCGGAGCUAUAGUAAUUACUGCUAGCAAGCCACUAGCAGAAAUAAACUACACAGACUUAGCCAAGGACGCGGGUAAACGAGGAACUGUUUACGAUAUGGUUUACUGUUCCAUAGACGCAUCUAAUGAAGAAAAUCAGCCUACGACUUCUGGGAAUAAUAAAAUGCUGCCAAGUAACGGAGAUUUCCUUUUAGUAAACGUCCACGCUGGUAAGAAUAAAACUUAUACUUACGCAAGCCUUGCACAAAGUGAUCUCGAAGACGAUGGCGAGAUUAAAGUGAUAUUUCUCCGGGCAUACAAGGGUGCAACUAAGUUUAAAUUAGACGAAAACGAUUUAAUAUUAUAA